AUGGAGAAAAUAACUUGUACAGCUUUCAAGCAGACUGAAGAAGCUGGUGGGUCAUGGUCAGAUGAAACCUGCCAAGUCCAGGCACCUGAAUCUGGCUCGGUUCCUGUGUCAAAUGCAAGCGCCUGCUCUCCUGAAAGUGGAUGUAAUGAUUUUGCUGUCUGUGGUAAAGGUGAAAAUGAUACUUCUGAUAAAAACGGUAGCCAUGGCAACAAGGAACAGGCUUCUGGGAUUUCUAGUUCAAAGAACUGCUGUGACAUUGAGAUUCAUGGGAAUGAAGAUUUCUCACUGGUCCUAGACUGCUGUGAUUUAUCCGUGUUAAAGGUUGAGGAGGUAGACAUUUCCCUUGUUCCAGGCGUCGAGGAAUUUGCAAACCCUGCCAAGUUAACAGGAUCGUCUCAAGAUGCCAGGGAUCGCAGGAAUCAAAUUGUGCAUGAACUUGUGACAUUACCUGCAGAUCACUGGAAGGAGCAGCUUGACUAUUACAGGCAUUGCAGCCGAGCUCCUGCUUGUGGAGAGCUCUUGUUUGUUACCGGCAGUUGGAGCUUGGAGAUCAGGAAGGCAGGUGUCCAAUUGCCAAAGGACUUCCCACAUGCCUUAAGGAUUUGGUACAAAACAAAGCCAGACGGAAGAUCACUCAGCUGGACGACAGACCAGAAUGACAGGCCGUGUGUUUAUACAGUGGGGUCUCCAAUAAACAACAGGGCCCUUUUUCCAUGCCAAGAACCGCCUGUUGCCAUGUCAACGUGGCAAGCUACAGUCCGAGCAGAUGCACGCUUUGUUGUUUUAAUGAGUGGCGAAAACUCAGCGGAAAUAACAGAAUCCGAAGAAGGUGUAUUAAACUGGUUUUAUUAUGUGACCAUGCCAAUGCCAGCAUCAACCUUCAUUAUUGCUGUUGGAUGUUGGGCAGAAGUUAAAAGAAAAACUUAUGCAACUGGCGUUCAGAGGAAUGAUGGGAUCUUUCCACUGUUCUCAAAGGCGGAUGUCAGGUUGUUAGAAGGGGCUUGUGGUCAUGUACCUUACCCCUGUCGUUUCCAAGAACCUGCGGCCGCUUCUCAAGUGGUUAUUCCUCAUCGUAUCUUUGCUCCACCAUGCCUUCAGAAAUCCUGUGAAGAGAUUCUACUCCCAUUGAUUCCUCAGUGUCUUUCCGCAUCUUAUGCUCUACUGGGCACUCAUCCAUUUUCUCGCCUUGAUGUCUUGAUUGUCCCAUCCAACUUUUCCAGUCUUGGAAUGGCCAGGACUUCAGAUGCAGCUGUAUGGUAUUCCGGAGGAAAGUAAAGACCUGGAUGUUUGAACAGGCUUUCGACUAAGCAGUGUGAUUGAUUAACUGAUUAUUGGAACACGGAAUAAUGGAUAACGAGUUUUGGAUUCUGAUUACGAGUUUUGGAUUCUAAUUU